AUGUUUGCCAUUCAGAGAAAGAACGAUUCUCAAGCACUAUCAAUCACAGUAAUCACAGUUAAUAGAAGGGUAGAACAGCUUAUACAAGAAUUUGAUAUUGCCGUCAAAAGAAUAGGAAGCAAGGAAGAGACCGGAGGGACCUACACCUACCAGUGGAAGGGGUGCAAAAGGGCAAAUGGGAAAGAGUCAGACGGAGCAGACAUGAUAAAAUAUACUGAAGCAAGGCUAAUGGAUGGUUUAGAUCAUAACAAUACACUGGAGUUAGAAGAAAGGGAUACAAAACUUAAUGAUGUGGACUCGUUAUUGGAACAUCUUACAUUAAUUCACAUUGAUCUGGAAGACAAAUCAUCUGCUUCAGUGUCUGAGGAUAAUGCGUCCUUCUGUUCGAGAAAUGUUUUAAGAAAGCAAAGGCAUUGGGAAAAAAUUAUCAUGGCUAAAAAGAGUAAGAGGAAACAGGAAAAGGAAAGAAGAAAAGCAAAGCAGUCUGGAAACACAGAUACAGUUACCAGCCAACAGCUUCACAGUAAAAGAUUCUUAAAAGCUUUGACCAAAGACCGUCUUUUGGAAGCAAAGAAUUCUGGUCCACGACUUUGCAUUGAUUUAAGCAUGACAGAUCACAUGAGUAAGAAGGAAUUAAGUCGCCUGGCAGCUCAGAUCAGGAGGCUUUAUGGGUCAAACAAGAAAUCUGCAAAACCAUUCUGGCUGUAUCUGACAGGUUUUGGACAACACAGUCUCUUAUAUGAUGAAUGUGUGCGAAUGAAUGAUGGAUUUGUCAAUUAUCUUGUUGACUCAACAGAAAGCGGGUUUCUUGACAUGUUCCCAUUAAAAUCGAUCAUAUACCUUACUCCAGACUCGGACAAUGUUCUUGAAGAUAUUGAUCCAUCUAAAGUGUAUGUUCUUGGAGGACUAGUUGACGAAAGUAUUCAGAAGAAAGUAACAUACCACAAAGCUAAAGAGAAUGGCUUGCAGACUGCACGAUUGCCAAUACAAGAGUAUAUGAUAAAGAAGGACAAUGAGAAAAAUUUCCACUCUGAGAUACUGGCUAUUAAUCAAGUGUUCGACAUAUUAUCCACAUACCAUGAAACUAAAAGCUGGCCAAAAGCAUUGAAAGCCGGUGUCUCGCCAGGAAAAGGCUUUGUACUUCGUGACGAUAAUAACCUAGAAAAUAAACUGUUCUUGUAG